UCAUGAACACUGGUGGAUACAGCAAGCUGGACAGUGCAGUCGAAGAGGUCCCCAGAGGGCAGUUGGGACGUUGGGAGUGCUACAAACAAAGAUUUUUCUUCCUGGUCUUGGCUUUGCUGGUGGCCACAGUUCUCUGGGCUCUCAUUCUGAGCACCUUACUGUCCAGUGCCUCCAGGGAGCUCAGAGUGUUGCUCGGCCACCAGGACCUGCUGAGGAUUAACGCCUCAGAACAGAAGGUGAUGUUGAGUUCCCUGAAGGAUGAUGUCGGAGCCUGCAGGAAUUGCUGCUCCGUGACGAAAGCGCAGUUGCAAACCACACUCGCGGAGUUUAAGGACACACAUGCAAAGCUGAUGGAGCAGGAGAGCAUCCUGAAAGAACUGCAAGAGCGUGUGACCCAGGACUUGGCUAAAGCAAGCAGAGACCGUGAGAACAUCCGCAGUGAACUGUUCCAGGCACUGGAAGCUGUCAAGCAGCAGAACAGCUCCUGUGAGCACUGCCCACCAUCAUGGCUACCCUUCCAAGGCUCCUGCUACUAUUUCUCUGAGACACAGGCCAUAUGGGAUACAGCACAAAGCUACUGUGGAGGCCAAGGUGCCCAUCUGGUGAUUGUCAGAGACCUGAAUGAGCAGGGCUUCCUGAGUCAGCAUACACGUGGCCGGGGCUAUUGGUUGGGUCUGAGGGCAGUUCGCCACCUCAACAAGAUUCAAGGCUACCGGUGGGUGGAUGGAGUCUCACUCACCUUCAGCCACUGGAACUCUGGAGAACCCAAUGAUUCCAGGGGACAUGAGGACUGUGUCAUGAUGCUACACUCGGGACUGUGGAAUGAUGCGCCAUGUACCAAUGAGAGAGAUGGCUGGAUCUGCGAGAAGAGGAGCAGUUGCUGACCAUGCCCCUUGCCUCCGCGUGAAUCAGAAGGGUGGCUCCUAUUCCUCAAGCCUGCUACCAAGGCUGGUUUUUCCGAAUGCACCAUUAAUAAGAGCCGCUCAACCUGAGCAGUUCAUGCUUUAGAGACCCAGCUCUAACUCACAAGGCAGCCUAAGCCUUCCAUCUAACCUGUCAGUCUCAAAAUCACUACUCUAACACCUGAUCAUCUGAUCCCUUGCCUGUCUUCUAGACACGGUGUUGGGGCUGUUCUAUCUUCCUGUGUCCCCCUAUUUUACCCCUCUGACGUGGAACUAUCUUCGUACAGAGAGAGAGCAUCAAUAAAUGUUUGGAAAAUGGA